CACUGCAGCGUUUCCUCAUUCUCAAACAGCACUAAGACUGAAGGAAAAGGACGAUAGGAGCUUAUCAGGUUUAUGGACCAAUAUUCAUCUCAGAUAUAAGACUGAUUGUGAAUCCACCACUGCUUUGAGAGCGUUUAUUCAACGCUGAUGCAAACAGAAGAGGAGUGAGCUGAAGCUGAAACAAACCAAGCCAGUCGAAGCACAUUGAUUUUGCAGGAAGAUGUCUUUGCCAGCCAGAGUUGUUCACAAGAGGAGGGCCACUAUCACAGAUCUGCCUCUCUACUACUCUGGACAUAUGCUGAAGAAACUCUCCACCGAGAAGGAUUUCAAGAAGUUCUAUGGAGAGCUCCGUGGAGCCACACUCUUUCUGUACAGAGAUGACACACAAGAUACGUACACAGAGAAGCUGGACCUGGAGCAGCUAAAGUCCAUGGUGUUGGAUUCUCCGUAUCAAAACAAGGCACCAACUAUCUUCACCCUCACCCUGCACACAGAGGAGGUGCAGCUAAAGAUGGAAAAUUCUGACACAGGAGAAGAGUGGAGGGGUUACAUCCUGACUGUGGUCAAAAAAGAGAUUCCCAGUAAACUGCAGCUGUUGCCCGGCCAGAUGUUGCUGCUGGAGGAUGCUCUGAAUAAGGAGAAGAGAAGAAACCAUCCCAGGGUGUGUCCACCUCUCCCACCCCGACCAGCCUUCCUCCUCUCAGCCUCCAACUCCCCUACAACGCCCGAAGAGGAGCUUGACAAAUGCGCCCCCGAGACUCCUGUGUGCUUCUUCAAUGUGUCUCGGCAAGAGGCUGAGCGAAUGUUGGAGACAAACCCAGAGCACGGAAGCAUUAUCCUCCGCCCUUCCAGGCUCGCCAACAACUAUGCCCUAACCCUCAGACAACCGCGGCCCAGUGGGCCAGUCAUGAAGAACUACAGAGUGACCUCCACAAACUCUGGGUUUGUCAUCGAACUGGACACAGCAGUGACGGUUUCCUCCUUGAAUGAAGUACUUCAAUACUUCCUUGAAAAGACAGAGUACCGUCUUCAACCCUACAUGGAAUCUCAGGCCUACGACACUUGUAUCGAUGUUUCACCUGCUCCAAAGUAUGUCAACUCCACUCCACCGUCAACUAAAACAUUACCCAAGGCACAAGUGGCACCUAGACGGCGUUCAGAGACCAAAGAAGCGCUUAUGCCGCCUCUAAAGAAACAAGAGGAGGGUGAAUAUGUGGUUCCUGAGGAUCGGUGUCCUGAUGUCCACAACCUAAGUCUAGUCCAGUUGGAUGGAGAGCCUCAGGAAGGUUUAAAGAUGCGGAGGGAAAACGUGUACACUGACAUUGACAAGGAGGAAGUCACCCGAAAGGAGAAUAAACGCACUGAAAAAACCAACUCAGGCACAGCAAAGUGGACAGUAUAGAGUCCAGCAGAGUGAGGCAUGCACUGUUGUUGCUCGGUAAGGACCUCACUAGUCUUCUCAUUGAACACUUUUAAAGUCAGCUGACAAAUGACAUUCUCCCCUGAGGCUUUGACGAACUUCUGCCAGCUAAAGUGUCAUUAUAAAAAUUCACUGGACAAAAUUUCUAGCGGGUAAAUUAAAAUAAAAGACUGUCUCAAUCUCUUAAAGCAGGGGUCUCAAACUCAAACUAGGAAGGUUCAAUCAGUAGAGUGAAGAUCAGGUGGUUCCGCAACGACCACUGCUGUACUGUGAUUGAAUGAGUAAAUCCCACAACCCCCGUCUGGACACCAAUGAGCUGUAACUAAAGAAAAACGGCGAUAUAGACAAUUGUCUCAAAGUCGUCAUAUAAGACACUUCUUACAAUCUUGCCAGAAACAAAAUGAAAUUCACCAGGCUGUCUGCCAGCGUAGCAAUGGCGCAGAGGUACAGUAGUGUGUGUACUGGUAGUUCCAUUAGCUGUUUGCCAAACACACCGUUCAAAACAAUAAAAGUUUGUUGCAGAGCUGCGGAGGAGUGCUAUGCAGCGCAAACUGUUGUCACCCCACUGUGGGCACAGAGUAGCGCAUUGGGGCCGGUUGGGGGUCGGCGCUGCACUCAGCUGUGUUCAUCAUUAACGUCCCCUACCGGUCAGGAUCGGUUAAGAGUGGUGAGUGAGUAGUCAGCAGGCAGUAAACAGCGAGUAUAAAAAAGGCAGUAAAAGGAGAAAUUGUAAGUCACCGCACCCAGAGGUCCUUGAGCACACAGCCAUAACUAUUUUACCCACCCAAAAUAUUAAAGAUUAACCGUGGUCAUCCUUCUGGUGGUGAUUAUUAUAAUUAUCUGAAUUGUUCUGUCUUCUGUUCAUCUAGCAUGUUAGCAUGCUAACAUUUGCUAAUUAGCACUAAACACAAAGUA